AUGAAGAUAGAAGCGAAUAGAGCUCAGUCCCAUGAUCCACCCUCAAGGACACGGAGAAGGCUCCCGACUUUCAUCCAACCUGUUCUCCCUCAAUUUGACCCUGCAAACCCAGGAAGUCACACAAUCAUCAUCCUGGCUGCCUCGAUCAUUACUCGCAUCUUCACGGCGCUUCUCAUCAAUCUGUGUACCACCUGGAUUCGUUUGCCAUUAUUUGACUCGUCGCCUCUUGUAGAAACAAAAUCUGCCUUGUUGCGAUGGGAUGUGUUCCAUUUCGUACAUAUCGCGGCUCUCGGGGGUACUCCGGAAUGGGAACAUGAGAUCGCAUUUUCAGCUCCUGGUUUAUCUUAUAUUACAAACGCUUUUGUUGCUGCGAUGAAUCUGCUCAGAUACAAGAACGAUCAUGCCACCCUCCGCGAUAUUCUGAUCCUCGGAAGUUGGGCUGUUUCUGUCAUUGGUGUUUUCGUCCCCAUAACGCUUUACAAACUCACUGUUGAAAUCACUGGAGCACCCGCAUUUGCGCUGUGCGCGUCUUUGCUCUACUGUCUACCCUCAUCUCCACCAACCACGCUCUACGCCGGGUAUACCGAACCCGUCUUUGCUUUCUUUGCGUUCAAUGGAAUGAGACACGCCGUGAGGAAUGAGUUAUGGAAGGCCGCGGUCCAGUUCGCGAUUGCCCAGUCUUUCCGGAGUAGCGGUGUUCUGCUGUGGGCCUUCCCAAUCUGGUAUCAGCUUGCCGAACCGGCUUUAAAGCGCCUCAUCAGCGACAUCAAGCACGUGCGUCCAUUCAUGAUCACCCGCCGAACAGACUUGUACAUCCUCAGCGUCGGCUUGGCGGUCAUUUCCCUUCCCGUCGCACUCCUCGUGCUCGAACUCGCCUUGCAACGUUUCACUUCUCUGAAAGACUUCUGCACUACCACGAGGAUGCGCCCUUGGUGCUUCGACGGGGAGUGGACACAUUGGACCUCGUAUGCAUUCGUGCAAGAGCACUAUUGGAACGUCGGCUUCCUACGGUACUGGGAACCAGCACAAAUACCCAAUUUUCUGAUUUCCGCACCAAUCUACGCGAUGAACUUCUUUUAUUGCUCCAAAAACAUCGAAUCCGGACUGCAGGGUUACUUCGGCAACCCUUCGUAUGCCUUUGGGAAGCCGUUCCUGCCGUUCGCUUUGCAUGGUCUGGGAUAUAGCCUGAUUCUCUUCUUCACCGCCCAUGUCCAGAUCAUGCUACGCCAAGUAUCAAACCUGCCGAUAACGUACUGGGGUGCGACCGCGCUGCUCUCAGGUCAAUUUGGGGAGAGAGGGCGAUUCUGGGGCCGAGCGUGGGUUACGUGGAGUGUG